CUACUAGCAGGAUCAGACUGAGAAAAUGUUAGACAUGUCCGGCCUUGUGCAGCUGAGUGUUUGAGAAAGGAGACCUUCCCAGCUCCAAUAUAUUUUAAGUGAGUGAAAACAACCUCCAAUUCAAGAAUAGGGAGGGCACAAACUGGGGUACUGGACUAAAUUCUAAUCUAAGAAAACCAGCCUAACCACUCUUAAUACAGAAGACUGAAAACAAACCACUCUUUCCCACCAACGACAUAGGCACUACCGAGACCGCAGAACUCUGUUUCCCUUCCCGGCUCAUGCUGAUGCAUGGGAAUUGUUUUCAUUACUCAGUCAACAACCUGUUAUCUGAAUGACCAGUCCACCCGGUUCCCCCCAAUUCUUCUCUGCUGGUUUCUGGAUCCAGGUAUUGGAUUUAUUUCAAAGCCCACAGUUUUAGGAGGAUUCUCGGUUGAGAAUGAGGUGGUGUGUGAUUCAUCCAUUUAUUAUUUCUAGAUGUGUAUACAACUCCUUUCUCAUCCAAAAGAAAGCAGAAAUAAAAACAUGUACGCUUUAGGAUCAAGUUUCUAGACUUACAAGGACAGUAUCUGCUUUUAGGAUUUUUUUUCCCCUUCUGGCCACACAUAAACAGCUGCUUAAUACUCGAUGCGUGCUCCUUUGUGAUUUUUCUAGUUGGAGACUACAGGGUUUUUUAAAAUGUAUUUUAAUUAAUAAUAAUAAGGAUAUGAUGAAGAAGAUGAUGACGAUGAUGAUGAUGGUGGUGGUGGUGGUGGUGACACAUCUUCUCUGAAUGCAAAAAGUGAAAAAGCCAGCCAGGAGUACUCUACUAUUUACAACUAAGAGCAGAGUUAUGCUCCAGGAUUAGUGCUUUAAUGAAAACCUGAACCUCAGAGGACUGCCGGAUAUUUAGAACACCUUGGGCUGUGUUGGGGUGUGUGUGACUUGGAGGAAUUUGUAGGGAAAGGAAAAUAUUAGGGGGAGGGGACUGAGGCAGUCAGGACAGGCCACAUCCAGUUGCUGGUGUUGGCCACUUUCUUCUCCUUCCUGCCUACGAGCAAAGGAGGGAGUCUGUAUUCCCAGAGAGCUUCACAGCCCCUCUUUGGUGUAGAGCCUAAUAUUUUGGGGGGAUCUUUGUCUCCUGAGACAGGAAUCCGCCAGUGUUGGAAAGUGUUUACUUGAACUAUUUCUGAGAAAGAAAGUAAAAACAAAGGUGGAAAUGUCUCCAGCCAGCAGUUUUGUGGAUAGCGAAGUGAAGUAAUGAGAAACAUACUCUUGGAGGGCACAGAAUCCACACGUGAAUUUAAUUACACAGCUCCUAGGAGUUUGAUGCUUUGUGUUCCAGAUUGGGAUGGGGCCACCAUCCCUCCCAUUAGCAACAGUGACUGUGGCCUUUUCACUUUUUUCCUCAUCCCCCAAAAUUCUAAGGGUGAAAAACAACAUCCUCCAUUUGUCCAAAGGAUGAGAUUAAAGUCAAUGUCCAGUGCUCCUCCUGGGUUCCUCUGUAGCACUGGACUUGAGCUGCAGUCCUCUAGUGUUGGCUCUUGGAUCUCUGUUGUUCUGUUUCAUGGAUAACCAAGGCAGGGUUGCUGGAGAUAGAGAGGGGAAAAGAAAAAGAAAAGGGAGAGGGAAGGACGGAAAGAAGGGAAAAGGGAAUGGAAGGGAAGCAAAAGGAAGGAAGGGAGAGAAGUGGGGUGGGAGAGGAAUGAGAAGAAAGAACAGAGGAGGGAAGGAUCCCAGGGAGGUUCAUACAGGGCCCAGAGAUGGCCAUUUUAAGUGCCCGUGCUCCUCUUUUAGGAGAGGCGAGCCCUCAGCAAGACGAACUCCUCUGGUACUGAUAGUGACUAGGCAUAUGGAUGAUGGAGCUUAGAACCGGCUGGAUAGGGAAGAAAAUUCGUGGAGCAUUUUGUGCUCAAAGAUGUGGGCCGUGGCGCUUGUGACACAGCAGGGCGUUUGUGACACAAACCUUAGAGGGUAGCUGGCAGUCCUCUCCUUGGCAGUUCCUCUGUGGAGCCUUCCCUUGUGGAGCAAGGGUGAUCUGGGUGCUGUGCAAGCGCCUGGCUGGCUUUCCAAUCUAACUAGGGUCAGUAGCGCAUUUUAGGUUGGUGGUAUCAUCGAUGGUGCAUCGCGACAAGGGCGGUGGUCACACUGUUUGAGGUGGAGAGAGCCUUGUAUUUGACUUUUCGAGGCCGGCCUGGGGCCGGGGCCUGGAGGGGGUGCGGGAGGGGGCUCACAUCUCUGAGGACUGCAAGAAUUAUUUACAGGGCGCUCACCAACCAAACACAACAGUCUAAUUUAACCUUUCCAAGUCCCCAUAAAUUUUUACAGGGAGCCGCAGCGAGGCAAACGAAUCUGUUGGUCGUUCCUGACUUUCCACCAGCCUGUGUGGCUUCCGAAACAAUAACUCCUUAUGAAAUAUCAUAAAUAUAGAUUUAAAUACAGUGGAGUGAGAAUGCGAUUUGGCUGCUUUUUUAUGGCUUCAAUUAUUGUCUAAUUUUAUGUGAGGGGCUCUGCUGGCCGUGCUCGCACGCGGGACCCGCGCCUUCCUGAUGGCGUGAUUAAUUGUGAUAUAAAAUAGUCCGCUUAAGAAGUGUGUGUGUCUGGUAUGUGUGUGUGUGUGUGUGUUUGUGUGUGUGUGUGUGUGUAGAGGGGGUGGCAAGGAAGAGUACCGAGGCAAGGCCAGAUUUGAUCUUUUAAUCUUCGUUGGCCACAAUUAAAACAAACCAGAUCGUGGAGCUGCGCGAUCCCUUUGCAUAAAAACAUAUGGCUUUUGCUAUAAAAAUUAUGACUGCAAAACACCGGGCCAUUAAUAGCGUGCGGAGUGAUUUACGCGUUAUUGUUCUGCUGGGCGGACACGUGACGCGCGUGGCCAAUGGGGGCGCGGGCGCCGGCAACUUAUUAGGUGACUGUACUUCACCCCCCCUGGUGCCACCAAGUUGUUACAUGAAAUCUGCAGUUUCAUAAUUUCGGCGGGUCGGGCUGGGCCGGCCAGGCGCGGGCUACUGCGAUGGCUACCACCGGGGCCCUGGGCAACUACUAUGUGGACUCCUUCCUGCUAGGCGCUGACGCUGCGGACGAGCUGGGUGCGGGACGCUACGCUCCAGGGGCCCUGGGCCAACCCCAAAGGCAGGCGGCAGCGCUGGCCGAACACCCCGACUUCAGCCCUUGCAGCUUCCAGUCCAAGGCGGCGGUGUUCGGUGCCUCGUGGAACCCAGUGCACGCGGCAGGCGCCAAUGCGGUGCCUGCUGCGGUGUAUCACCACCACCACCACCCCUACGUGCACCCCCAGGCGCCCGUGGCGGCGGCGGCGCCGGACGGCAGUUGAUAGAGAAAAACAACCCAGCGAAGGCGCCUUCUCCGAAAACAAUGCCGAGAAUGAGAGCGGUGGAGACAAGCCCCCCAUCGAUCCCAAUAACCCGGCCGCCAACUGGCUACAUGCUCGCUCCACUCGGAAGAAGCGGUGUCCCUACACAAAACACCAGACGCUGGAACUGGAGAAAGAAUUUCUGUUCAACAUGUACCUCACACGGGACCGCAGGUACGAAGUGGCCCGGCUACUCAACCUCACCGAAAGGCAGGUCAAGAUCUGGUUCCAGAACCGCAGGAUGAAAAUGAAGAAGAUCAACAAGGACCGAGCAAAAGACGAGUGAGCCUUUGGGGGGCUCGUUUAAAAAAAAAGAGAGCAAGCUAGAAAGAAAAAGAAAGGACUGUCUGUCUCCCUUUCUCUCCCCUCUCCCAAACCCAGCCUCCACCACCCGCACAAAGGGGCUCUAAAUCCCAGGCCUCAUGUCUCCCUGGCAGUCCCUGCUCAGGCUGGGUCCUAGGCCUUCGGCUUUAAUGGAGGAGGUAUUGUAAGCUUUCCGUUUUCUAGAAGGCACACACACAAGGGAGGGCAUUAGCGCUGUUGUCUGUAUGUGCUAGCUUGUAUAUAUAUAUAUUUAAAAAAAAUCUACCUGCUUCCGACUUUAAGCAAAAGGAAAGAAAACUACCUUUUUAUAUAAUGCACAACUGUUGAUGACUGGCUGUAUAGUUUUUAGUCUCUGUAGCUAAUUUAAUUUGCUCUUCGUGUGGCAGAGCAUUCUGCCAAAAUACUUGAACACUGUGUUUUAUUGUGGUAAUUAUGUUUUGUGACUCAAACUUCUGUGCUGGGUGAAGUGCCCAUUGUGAUUGUGGAUGCUAGAAUUCAAUUUGAACUCAGGUUGUUUAUGGGGGAAGAGAAGCUGUCGCAUAGAGUAUAGCUCUGUAGUGGGAUACGUCUUCUGUGUAACUAGACUGUUAACCUACAACUGUAAACUAGCUGUAAGGAUUUCCCAGUGAAAUCAAACUUGGAAAGAAAAGGGAGGUAGUUCUCCAGGAUGCAUAGAUUCCUGAUUUAUCUGCUUUUGAAAUGUGGGUUUUUUUUUCCAUCUUUACACGUUCUAGAUUCCAGUUUUGUCCAAUGUAUAUAGGAUCUCCACAUUAAAGAAAUAUCCAUGAUCAGAAAGCUUGAAGAUUGUUUUUGCACCAGAGGAGAAGUGAGGAAAUUCGGAGCUAUACACAUGUGCAGAGGGUUACUACCUAUGGUUUAUGCUUAAUUUUAAUUAGGGGAAAGUGAGUGCUUACUGUAAUGGAGUUAAUUUUAUUGAUAAUAAAUUAUACACCAUGAAAACGCUAUUGGGCUACUGUAGAUUUGUAUCCUUGGUGAAUUUGGGGUUUCCAUCGGACUGAACAUACACUGUAUAUUUUGCAAUAGUUACCUCAAGGCCUACUGACCAAAUUGUUGUGUCAAGAUAUUUAACUUUUGCCAAAUAAAAUAUAUUGAUUCUUUUA